AUGGCCACAACAAACGCAACAGCCGGUGUAACUCAGGCGAAAACAUUUAGAGAACUGGCAUGUUCUCCAUCUUUUGCUAGUGGAUUACAACAACAAUCAAAAUGUUUCUCAGCAGUUAAUAUUUUUUUCUCCAUCACGGCAUUUCUUGGAAAUUCUUUCAUCCUUGUUGCACUUCACAAAGAAUCUUCCCUUCAUCCGCCAUCCAAACUCUUGUAUCGUUGUCUGGCAAUAACUGAUCUGUUGGUAGGUCUUGUUAGCCAGCCUCUCUAUGCUACUUAUUGGAUGUCCUUGGUUUACGAAAACUGGAGUCUUUGUCGAUACGCAAUUGAUACCGUUUGCGUAACAGGCUACACAUUGUGUGGAGUUUCUCUGUUUACAAUGGCGGCCAUAAGCUUAGAUAGACUUCUCGCCCUGUUAUUAGGGCUGAGAUACAGACAAAUUGUAACGUUGAAGCGCACAUAUAUCAUUGAAGCCAUCUUUUGGAUUGUAUGUAGCGUCGGUGCUUUAUGUUAUUUGCUAGAUUACCGCAUAACCUUUUCGUGUGGCUGUUUCAUUAUUUCAUCUUGCCUACUAAUCUCAAUCAUCGCGCACUCAAAGAUUUUCCUCACUCUUAGUCAUCGACAGGCUCAAGUACAUGAUCAACAACAGCCGAGCCAAUCAAAUGCACUGAAUAUGGCGCGAUACAGAAAGGCAGUGUACAGUGCGCUGUGGGUGCAGUUAGCAUUUGUUAUUUGUUAUGUACCAUAUAGUGUAAUGGUUAUCACGCUUCAUUUCAGAAAGUCAUAUCCAUCACAUUCCAUCAAAGGAAUAGUGACGGUGUUUGCUUUCUUUAACUCUACUUUAAACCCGUUUCUGUACUGCUGGACGAUCAGUGAAGUAAAGCAAGCGGUAAAGCAGACAAUUAGGCAGGCAUCUUGCUUCUCAUGGAUCUAG